GCAUAUUUGGCAAUGGAAGUGUGGUAUUGUUUUGUGUUAAACGAAAGCGCCUUUUAUUAAACAGUUGAAAUAAUUUCGCCAAGUAUAAAUAAUGUCGGCACACGCUUCUACUAAAAUUGAUCAAAAAGAAUAUCUCAAAAAAUACUUGUCCGGUGAUAAGUCAAAAAAGAAAAAGAAAGACAAGAAACGAAAACGAGAGUUUGGUUCCGCCAAAGUGAAAAUUAUUGACGACGAUGCGACGUACAAUCAAACACAAGAAGAAUUUGAUGAGGAGCUCCUUCUGGGAGGUGAAGAUGCGCCGCAGAUUGUCGGCGAGUAUAUUGAAGAUAUAUCUAAUGUACCAAAGUGGCGAAGCAUUGUGGUGAAGGAGGAGCCUGAAGAAGAAAAUGAAGUAAGCUUGGAUUUGAAGCCGGAUGAGGAUCUCUGGGGACCUAAACAAAUCAAACGCAAAAUAAAAGAUGAAUUUUCGCCACCACGACGAAAUCGAAACAAAGAAAUGGCUAAACGGUCACCUGAUAUCUCACCGCCUAGGCGUAAACAUAAGAAUAAUUUGCCAAGUAAAGCUGAAAGCAGGAAUGGGAACUUUACUAAAGACAAAUCGUUAAGAGCGCAUAAUCAUUCGCCAAGUAAAAGUAAUAGAAGAGGUAACGAACAUUCGCCGUAUCAAAGUACUCGAAGGGAAAGUCGACGUUCGCCUGAACAAUACGCAUCAAGGAGAAACGAACGUACACCGGACUACAGCCCGAGGAGAAAUCGUAACCAAUCACCAGAUGGAAGUCUGCCGAAAACAAGCAAAAGCACUUUAGAUCAGAGCCCUCUAAGAAGGGAUUGCAAACGCACAUCCGACCUAAGCCCGAGAAGAAGGGUUGCGCGGUCACCUGACCAGAGCCCGCCAAAGAAAGCCAAACGGUUAUCCGAAGAGAGCCCACCAAAGCGAGGUAACAGAACACCAGAUCGAAGUCCUGUACGAAAGAAUAAGCGUGCGACUGAUCAAAGUCCCCCGAGGAGAAGGUAUCGUUCACCAUAUCGACAAAGGAAUAAUUCUAGCAGCCAAAGCCCACCUAGAAAGAGCAGCCAGCUUAGACAAAAAGUUGCUGCAAGAUCAUCAAGUUCCGAUCAAAGCCCACCAAGAAAAGAUAGAAAUAAAUCGACAAAAGGCAGGAGAAAAAGUCGCAGUCGCAGUGCUGAGCGGAAUUUUCAACAACACAAAAAAAAUGCUUCGUACGCCGAAUCCCCACCGAGGAGUAAAGAUACCGAAAAAUAUCGUAGACGUAGCAAAUCUCCCACGAAAAUAAAUCGUAGAAAUUCUAGUGAUAAAUCACCGCCCACACGUUACGACGGCAGACGUUCACCGUCACGAAAGCACCAAAAUGAUUCACCAGUUCGCAUAAAACGUGAAAAAUGUUCACCAGAUCAAUCACCACCACGACGAAGGCAGGAUAUUGUUAAAAUGGAACGCUCUCCUUCAGUGCAGCCCAAGCCUAGUCGAUGGACCAAGUUGGAACGCAGAAGCAGCGAUUCGCCACCACCAACUCACAAACCCAAAGCUUCUAAGACGCUCGAUGGCAAAAAGGCUGGUAUACAGGAUGCCAAGUCACUUAUGCAAGAGACUGAGGAGCGCCGUCAGCGAGAGGAGCGCAUGUAUAAUGAAAUGUCCAAGGAAGUGUCGGGACGCGAUGCUGAGGUUCGCGUGCGCAGUACAGGUCGGAAGGGCCAACGCGCGCGCGACGCGGAAGAAGAAGAUCCGGAAAAGCGACGCCGUAAAGAAGAACAUGAACGGAGGAAAAAAGAAAAAUACGAUCGUUGGGGCAAAGGUUUAAAGCAAGUUGAGGAGCAUCGACAACGUGCGGAGGCUGAGUCAUAUGAAGGCAGCAAGCCACUAGCUCGCUAUGAAAAUGACGAGGAUUUGGAUCGCUAUCUACGCGAGCAAGAGCGCGCCGAUGAUCCAAUGCUGGAGUAUAUGCGUAAAAAGAAGAAGGAACGACAGAAAGAGACGGGUGCCUUAGCGGAGAUACCUAAGUAUGAGGGCUCAUAUCCUGAAAAUCGAUUUGGCAUACGACCUGGUUAUAGAUGGGAUGGCGUUGAUAGGUCGAAUGGCUUCGAAAAGAAGUGGUUUGAUGUGCAAAAUGAGAAACGCGCGGCACAGGUAGAGGCGUAUCUGUACAGUGUGGAGGAUAUGUAAAGCAAAUUAGUUCUGUAUGCUAGUAAACAGAGUUUUUAUUUCUGUAGCAGUUAUUGGGAAAAGAUUCAGGAAAAUCAAUGCAUUCCAUCCGCUGUCGACAACUAUCCUCCUCAUUCAUCAUUUAUAUAUAUGUGCAAAAUUUUUUUAUUAAUAU